AUGGCAGACGACGAACGCAAAGACCCGAGACCGCUAAGGCUGGACGACCUCCCGCUGGAGAUCCUGGCCAGCGUCGUCGCGUACUGCGAGGGUGGCGUCCCGACACACGACGAGGACCCGGCGACAGCGACGACGACGACGACGACGACGACGACGACGACAUCGGCAACGGCGGCGGCGGCGGCGAUGGCGCCCGGAUCCCAUCCAUCACCGCCGCCGCCGCCGCCGCCGCCGCCGCGGGACCUCGCCACGAUCCGCAGCCUGCGCUUCACCAACCGCCUGCUCGCCUCCGUCGCGGCGCCGCACCUCGUCCGCGUCCUCGACGUCGCCAUGACCCCCGCCUCCCUCGCCCGGCUCGACGCCGUCUCCCGCCACCGACCAUCGCCGCCGGCGUGCGCCGCCUCCGCGUCAGCCUCGCCAACUACGCCGCGCCCCUCGCCGCCGAACCCGCCGAGUCGCCCGCUUCGAAAAUAA